CAGAGGAGAGCUGUGUGACCGGAAGUGUGUCAAUCAGUCAGUCAGGUGAUGUUUGUAAGCCCGAACUAAAGCGUUUCUGUUUUGCAGCGAUUCGGGAUAUUAAAACAACCUGUUUCAUUCUGUCCUAGAAGAGGAUCUGUCCAUUCUCACCGUUGGCUUAUCUUUUGACAUUUGGAAUUUUAUCCACGGAUCGUCCUACUUUGGGACAAAUCAAUCACCUACAUCGUUCUUUACUUUUAUUGCCUGUCUGAGGUUGUGUCACCUCUCCCUGUCAUUUUGAAGCCAUGUCUCAGAAGUUGACGCCGGAAAGUGCUCAAAAAGGCUUUGCCGUAGGCCGGGGGCUCUUGGCCGCUGCUGAGACUCUGAACUUUAGCAUGAAUGAGUCUCGGCAAGAUCCCUAUGGUUCCUCGUCCCAGCAGCAUGGAGGGUUGAUUGGAUUGGGUGGCGUAGAGAGCCAGGAUUCCCAACUGGCCACCCGUCGUGUCGGCAACCAUCUUGGCAAUACCAUGAAGCUUUUUGCUAGCCUUGGUCUCUCUCCCAAUGACUUGGACGCGCUGGCCCAAGUGCCUGAGGAGAACAUCAGUGUAGAAACACUACCACAUCUUAUCAUGCAGCUAAAGAACCGAAAGGCUGAAGCCAGUCGUCAUCUGUCCAGUGACCUGCUAUCUCAGUCACUCUCCCCAGACCCCUCAUACAGAGGAGGUCGAGACAAGUGGGGAGAUAUGCAAGGAGGACGCCUGGACCGUUCCACAGCUUCUACAAGUCAGGGCCGCACUUCUCAGUCUGAUUUUGGCUACAGUUCUACUCAAGAUUUAUCCUCUCGCAGCUAUGAUAUGCUUGAUUACGGGAGCAGUGGCAGCAGUCGGGAUCGCCAGUAUUCUGAGCUUUCCAGUGACCGCUAUCGUGGCUUAGGCACGACCUCAUCUUCAGCGUCUGAUGAUCUCUUUAUGCAGCGAAGGAUGGGAUACCCAUCUCAGGGCAAAAUUCAGGAUUUCUUGGGGGUUAUGCCACACAUGUUUCCCCAUGUGUGCUCCCUUUGUGACUUUGAUGUGCAUUCUUCCAUGGAAUGGACUCAGCACACAACUGGGAUGCGGCACGCAGAAAACCGGAGGGUCCUUCUACAAUUGUAUCCAGAUUGGGAUCCUCAGAUGCCCUCUGGCCGAAUGUCAGACACUCUCUCUUUGAGCUCAAAGAACCGAUCAGAUGGACUACUUGGUGUCGCUCCAUCUUCUAUGAGGCAACGGUCAAGCAUGGGUUCAAACUGGGGAUCUCCUUCUAGCAUGAGUUUGUCAAACAAAUCAUCAUAUUCUUCGACACCAAAGAUCCGAAGCAGGGUAGUGGUGGUAAAAUAUGAUGAGAAGCCAAAGUUAUCUGCCCUGUUUGCGUUAGCCAGUCGUUUUGGUGCCAUUCGUGAACACCUCGUACUCAAGAAUAAGGCCUUUCUGGAGCUGGCAACACAUGAGGAAGCACUUGCAAUGACUAAUCACUAUCAGAAUAAGCCUGCAACUUUGCAUGGGAGAGACGUGAAGAUUUACUUGUCCAAGGAUCUGCUGGUGAUUGAGAAAAAUGACAGACCAGAUAGAGACAACAGAAACCGCGAUAGCGGCCCAGUGGUGUUCUUUUCCAAUUUGCCAAGAGAGACUGAGAAGAAAGCGGAGCUGCUUACGGUAGCCCGCAGAUUUGGCACCGUUGUGAACCAUCUUUUUUUGAAUGAUCAGGCAUUUGUGCAAAUGGGCAACUCUGAGGAUGCAGAGAUGUUAGUGAAGUAUUACACGAUCCAUCCACUGACCAUUAGUCGUAGGACCAUCCAUAUGAACAUCUGUACCAAGUACAAGACUUUAACGGUUGUACCUGGAAAAGGAGAACAGUUAAAAGAGGAGCUGGAAGAACCUGGUCAGAAGAACAGCAGCAGCAGUAGAACAAGUUCAAAAAGCUCCUCCAAACCUCAGAGAAGCUCAAAUUCCCGACCAAAAGAGAGCUCAUCCGAGAAAGCACAAGAAUCAAAGUCUAAGGAGGGGGAAGUGGAGGUCCCAUCUGAUGCAGGCUCUGGUGAUGAAGUCCAAGGUGUUGUGGAAGCCCAUGAUGAAGAGGAAAAGGCCCUUGAUGAAGAUCUGGUGACGGAGGACUCUGUGGCCGCACAGGCAGAUCAGGAAGCUGCCAUGGAGUUUGAGGAUUCAGCUAUGGAACCAGAAGUAGAAGAGGAGGAGGAGGAGGAAAAUGCACAUGAUGGUGAGGACACAGAGACUCCAGAAGAGGAAGCAUUUGAACAGAAGCAUCAAACCGAGCAACCAGUUGAGCAUGCGGAAGAUCAGGAGCAGGAGGACAAUGCAGAACCUAAAGAAACAGACGGACAGGAUGAUGUAGAGCAGGACGAGGGCGCUGCAGACGAUUCUCUGGAGCAGGAGGUACUUGAAGAAUCUGAUUUCCCUGAAGACUUCGAUGAAUUUGUCACACUUGAUGAGCUGGCAGAGGAGGACGAGUCUGAACUUCAUGACUCGAGAUCUAGAGAAAGACCUUCUGCAGGUAGAUCCAGGGACAGUGGAGGCUUGAGAGUUGUCAAUGUGGUUGGAUUUAAACGUGGCUAUGGUUAUCUGGAUGAGAUUCUGUCUCUGGCAAAGCCUUUUGGGAAAGUGGUACGGCACUUGGUUCUACAUUCCAGGCCUGAGGCAUUCCUGGAAUUUAGCAGUGAACAAGAAGCCAGGUCAAUGGUCCGUUUUUACAACGGAAAUGUCAUUCCAUCCGUGUGUGGUAAAACAGUUAAAAUUUACCAUUCGAUGACCUACGCUACCAUCCAGAGUGGCAAAGUCGUCUACAUUGGUCACAUCCCCCCGUUUAAAUCAUCAGACGCUUCAUUUCUGAAAAUUGCAGAGCCGUUUGGAAAAGUCAGACGUUAUUAUCUAAAUCGGUCACGCUGUGAGUGUUUCAUUGAAAUGGAGAGGGGUGAGGAUGCAGAGAGAUUUGUGGAGUCUGCUCGGCUAAACCCACUCAAAUUCGAAGGCAAACGCUUGCUCGUCUACAUCAGCAGAAAGUACAAACAACUCAAACAUGGACACAGACCCCCAACCUCAGAAGACAAACGGCCAGCAAAGAGGGAGCACUCUGAAGAGAGAGAGGAAAUCCAGAGCAGCUCUACAGCAAAAACCACCACUGUGAUAGAAGAGGAACCCCCAUCAAAAAAAGCUAAAGAGGAGACGCCUAGCGAGGACAAAGAUCUGAAUGUACCACAGGAGGAGGAGAAAGAGGAGGAGAAGGAGGUGGAGGUCAAAGAGUCUUGUGAGAACAUAGAGGAAGUCAACAACGAGCACACAGAAGAGCACAACACAGAUGCAACAGAAUCUCAGAAUGAGGAGCUCCAAACAGUGAAGGAUGAGAGUGACAUUGAUGGUCCUCCUACUGAGUUUUCAUCUGUUGAUAUAUCUGAGAAGAGCCAAGAGCCGACUGAAACCUCCACACCUGAAACUGAGUCGGUCAAAAAGCCUGAAACCACUACAGACACUCUUGGUCCAUAUGAGCCAAAUGUCCCCGUGGGUGUGGAGUUUGUGAGAAUGGGCUACUACUGUAGACUGUGCUUCCUUUUUUACUCCAAUGAAGACACUGCCAAAAAGGUUCACUGCGGUAGCCAGGCACACUACGAGAAACUCAAGAAACACCUGGAAAAGAAGAAGAAUAAAGCACAGAAUAAUCGUGAGAAAAACUGAAUAUGGAGGAGUGUCGUUUGUCCUGUACAGUAUAUGGGUGUGCAUGAGCAUUAGUUUGAUAAGUCUCUCCUUUUGGAUUGAUUUUAGAAUCAUGUUUAGGUUCAUUCUUUAAUUUACUCAUUUACUAUUUUUCUUAUCCGUGUAUCAGAAAAGUUGCCCUAUUAGUAGAACAGAGCCCUUUUUUUUUUUGCUUGUUGUG